AUGGCUGUCAUUUCAUCUACCCUCGCCUUGCGGCCACAUUUUAUCAAGGCUGCUCAACACAUAACCAAGGUCCGCAUCCUUGUGGUGUUCUCUCUAGUUCUAACAUGGCUCAUCGCCGGCCUAUUACCACACUUCAGCCCCAUGAUACAAGCCGAAUUCAAAUCCCGACUGUCCGAGGCGAGGCAAAAAAUCCCCAAACUUAAGGUGGACUGGAAAGUCGACGAGGACCCCCGCGCAAAGUACAACAGUCAAAAGGUCGCCCUUCUCAUCGAGCCCCGCCCGAUCCCCCAUCUUGUUCCCCAUAUCCUACAUAUGAUUUCUGUGGUCCCUCCCGAUUGGAGGUUCCUCUUUAUCGGCUCCGAGAAGAGCGUCGUCAGCGUCGGCCGUGCCUUCACCAUCAAACACCAGCAGAUCAUUGGCAAACUUGACCUCAUGGUCCUUCCUUCCCCAUGGAGCAUCGAAAGCAAGGAACAUGUCUUCCGUACCCUUACCGAUAUGCGCUUCUACGACGAGUUUAUGCCCGGUGUCGAGUGGAUUCUCAAAUACGAGUCCGACAGCAUCAUGUGCGCAAAUUCGGAAACUAGCUUGAAUGACUGGCUCGACUGGAGCUGGGCUGGCGCGCCAAGGAGCGCCAAUGACCGAUUCUCCGGAAACGGUGGACUCUCGCUUCGCCGCGUCAGCGCCAUCCGCCAAGUCUUGACCUUCCAAGAGCGAUACAACGAUACCGAGCCCGAAGAUGAGUGGUUCGGCAAGCGCCUCUGGGUUCUCCCCAAUCACAAAGUCGCUGCCGGCGACCAGGGUAGACUCGCCGUCGAGGACGUCUACUUCGACAACGCCAUGGGUUUCCACGUGCGGGAGGGCAAGAAUCUCAGGGACGAAGUCUGGAAGAACCAGGCACAGCGUAAGAAGAUUUUUGAGUACUGCCCUGAGUUGAGCAUGAUUAUGGACAUGAAGCUUGAGAGGGAACGCUGCGAAGGCGACAAUGGCGAGGGAUUCUUCGGGAAGAAGGAUUCUGAAAAGAAGAAGGCAGAGGAAGAGGCAAAGAAAAAGGCGGAGGAGGAAAAGAAGAAGAAGGAGGAAGAGGAGAAGAAGAAGAAGGAAGAAGAGGAAAAGAAAAAGAAGGAAGAGGAGGAAAAGAAGCAGAAGGAGGCCGACGAAAAGGAGAAGGGAAAGGAGACAGAGGAGAAGGAGAAGGAGAAACCGGAAGAACAAAAGGAGAAGCCAGCUCCCGAGAACGGAUCCGAAGGCCAGUCCGAAAAGACGCCCGAUGACAAGGCUUCAGAGGAAAAGCCCGCUGAAGAGAAGCCCGCUGAGGAAGGGAAGAAACCUGAAGGUGAUGGCAAGUAA